AGUUUAUAUAAUUUUUUUAUAUUUCUCAAAUAUAAAAUAUCAUAUAAUACAUUAUAAUAUGAUAAAAUUGUAUAAAAUCAUAUUUUAGUACAAAAUUGCUUGUUAAUAAUGUUACAAAAGUAGUGAUAAGAUUGUAUAUAAUAAUAGUAUAGUGAUUUGACUACUUUAUAGUAUUGACUAAAGUGGGUUAGAUUUAGUUGACGUUUAUUUAUUUAUAAAUCCAAGUUUUUGUCUAAUCACAUGUCAUGUCAGCAAGUUUAAAGAUGCUUAAUGAUUAAAAUCAUAUAACUAUUGUGAAAUUAUCUGAGUCACCAUUGUGAAAUAGUGAUCUAAUUAAAUUAUAAUGUUUUCACUUAAUCGUGUUCUUAAAUAAUAAUAUGAUAUAAUAGCCAAUAUAUAUUGUUUUAGUUAAUUCGCUAAAAUAAUUUUAUUUAAAAUUAGAAUACAUAUCUUAUUUAUUCACCAAUUUAGGUGAGUUGACUAUUUCUUGAUGAAUAGUUAACAAAUAAGCAAAAUUGGUUUUAUUCUUUACUAUUCAUUUGGUAACUAAAGAUAUUGACCCAAAAAACACAUAUCAAUUUUUGGUAAGAAUAACUAAAGUGUUUGAAUGUUGACCUCAGACUUUGAAUGGUGACCAUCGUCUCGUCCCGCUCCGCAGUUAACAGUAACAAAAAUCUCUACAUACACUAUAUAUAUACAUUUUUAUAACUGUUAAAACCGCACCACAGUUGAACCGCUUGUCCCGCACCGCUCAAACCGCAGUCACGAUUCGGAGCCUCAAUUGGCUUAUAUAUACACUGAAAAGUAACGUAGAAAUAAUUUGAGAUCAAAUAAGGAAAAUUUAUCAAUGGCAUUACGUCUAGCGUUAUGUCUAUGUGUUUAUCUGCUGUUUACUCAAGGUGCAGAAGGAAGUAUUAAUGAUUUUGAUUGUGUUGAGAUAUACAAACAACCGGCUUUCCAACAUCCAUUGUUGAAAAAUCACAAGAUUCAGGAAACAUUCAGCUCAUAUGAGGAUCAUGAAAAAAGCGACAACUAUGAAAAAAAAGAGCAUUGUCCAAAGGGAACGGUUCCAAUCUUUAGACAACGAAAUGGAUCCGAGAGCUUUCAUUUGAACACAUCCGAUCAUUUGGGUCAACAUUUUGCAACAAUGGAGACCAGUAUGUUAGAUGGAAGUAUCUAUCGAGGAGCUGAGGCUGAAAUAAGUGUUCAUUCUUUAAAUUUGCAAGAUAACCAAUAUAGUAAAGGUCAAAUCUGGUUAGAGAAUGGAUAUUUAGGUCAACUUAAUAGUAUACAAGCUGGUUGGGCGGUGCAUGCAAGAUUGUAUGGUGACAGUGUCACACGGUUUACAAUAUAUUGGACUGGAGAUGGCUAUGGUAAAACUGGGUGCUACAACACACAAUGUCCUGGUUUUGUUGUUUUAAGUCGCAAACCAAUAAUUGGAAAUCCGUUUUCGGGAUCAUCUGUAUAUGGAAAAACAAGCUUUUAUUUUACACUGCAAAUAUUUCAGGAUAUCUCCACAGGAAACUGGGGACUUAAACUAGAUAAUGAAGUAAUUGGUUACUGGCCCAAGGAACUGUUUACAGAGUUAAACAAAGGAGCUUCUCAGGUGAUAUAUGGAGGAAAUACAUUUAUGUCCACCGCUGAGAUAAGCCCUCCGAUGGGAAAUGGAUAUUUUCCAGUUGCAGAUUUUCUAAAGACGGCACACUUUAAAAAUGUCUUCAUUAUAGACUCUAACUACAAAAGAGCUUAUAUUGAAGAAAAAAAGCUAAGACUUUAUGCUGAUUACGUUGAAUGCUUUAGGGUUACAUAUUUAGGUUAUAUCGGAUCUAAUGGAAUGUGUUUCUCUUAUGGAGGACCAGGUGGUAGAUGUAGCUAUUGAUGAGUUCUAUAUGUAUGUGUAUGUACCAACCAAAUUAUAUCAA